ACUCUUUUGAACACUGGUUUUUGACUAGUCGCUGGUGUGACUACCUGUGGCUAUCACUCUGACACUUAUCCUCGUAUGCACAAGUGCCUUUUGAACCGUUGUCGCGUGUCCUGAAGUGACGAGAUAAAGAAGGUCGGUUACUCUUCUUGGACUAUUUUUUUACCUCAGCUUUUCGCCCGAAGCAUAGGAUUUUGUUUUGAACAUUAUCUGAGGAUCUAUCUCAGUGUACACCAGCACAUAUAGCUGAGGUAAUCAGCUGUAGUGGAAUUUUUGUGGUAUUUGCACCUUGAAAGUGGGGAAGUGUCACAACGCUCCCGGCGACUUAAUGCUCCUGUCACACAAGAGACGCACUAACUCUGAUUUAAUAUUUAAUAAUAUAGCCAUUUAAACUUACGCUGUCAUAGGUGUACUCAGUCAUUUAGACUUAUAAGACAUUCAAGAAAACAAUAUUUGGGACUGGAUGAACUUGGAAUAGCUAACUUAAGAAAAAAAGGUAAAGUUUUUUUUUUCGCAUACGAAAGUUUGCAUUCCUGUCCUACGGGAAAACUUCUACAGAUGAUGGAGCUCCCUGCGGAAACCCGAUGGAUGAUGCAUGCUCAUCAUUCAGCUUUAAUUGCUACCUCAGAAUCGGUGUCUCCACACGCUGGUUUAGGACAUAGUUCGGGAUAUAUGGAGCCAGGUACCCCAUUAUUGCCACCAGACGAGGUGGAUGUAUUUCUCAGUCAUCUGGACUCUCAAGGAAACCCCUAUUAUCACACACAAGGGUCCCACUCCCAUACUCGUGCACGAAUGUCUUACAGUCAAACGCAUGCACGGCUUACGGGUGGCUCAAUGUGUCGAUCUCACCUUAUCCACAGUCAAGGUCUUUCUAUCCUGGACAACAGCAAAUCGACCUUUCCGGUGACCCAGCACCACAGUACAUGGGCCGUCAACCACCUGGGCAAAGCAGUUCUUCAUUCAACAAUUGCCGAGAGCUCAAACGGCCUGUACACGGGCACCGGAGCGCAUGGCCCGGGUUCGAUGUCGUGCCUGUCAAUGACGCAACACUGCAGCCCUCAGCUCUACUGCCUGCCCCCUACUCCACCCAAAGAUGCGUCCCCUGACCCUGCUUGUUCUGUGGUGAGGGACGCUGGGAAGUACCAUCUGCCUCUUGUCGACGGGAUGAAGAUCGAGUGCUCUAGACCAAUCCGUGGCAAUCUGGCACAAACUACAGCUCAUGUACCUUCAUUUUCUGAAUACGCACUAGCUGGAGCACACGAGUACCCAGGCAGUGUGUUUCAUUCCAGAAGUCUGCUUGGGAGCAGCGCGAGCAACAUGACGUCAAAAUACAAAAGUAAAAGCCACGCUUUCUCAGAAGGGCGUGAAUGUGUGAACUGUGGAGCUACAUCAACUCCUUUGUGGCGGAGAGAUGGAUCAGGUCAUUAUCUGUGUAAUGCAUGUGGUCUAUAUCACAAAAUGAAUGGCCAGAACCGACCCCUCAUCAGACCCAAGCGCCAACUGUCAGCAUCUAGACGAGCAGGUACCUGUUGUGCCAACUGCCAGACAGGGACCACCACACUUUGGAGACGUAAUUCCAAUGGAGAACCUGUCUGUAAUGCCUGUGGUCUAUACUACAAACUACAUAAUGUGAACCGUCCACUUACUAUGAAGAAAGAUGGGAUACAGACACGCAAUAGGAAAAUGUCAGGCAAACUUAAGAAGAGGAGAGGAGAACAUUUUCAGCAAUUUGACAGUUGUGUGCAUGAGAAACCAUCCACCUUCAGCCACAUCACCAACAUACCCCACCCCUUUAAUAUGACCCAAUCAAUCCAAUUACAUCCCGCAUUCAGUCACAGCAGCUUAGUCACUGCUAUGGGCUGAGAGACACUUGUAGAAGAUCCUAUACUUAAUGAACACAUUAACUGCAUUCUUCAGUUUUAAUGUUCAGGUCAAGGACAUUUCGUUAAUGUUUCAGGCUCAAAUGUUCAUUAUGCAAAUCUCAAAAUUCUACUCAUUCUUGAUUUAAAAUAUUGCACUUUAUUUUGUGGUUUUCUGAAAUGUGAUGUAAACCAACCCAGAAUCCUACUGUUGUACACCAUGAGUUUAACAGCUUAUCAUUAAUAAAUAACCCCUAUUUAUUUAAAUAUAAUCACAAUUCCAAAAUGUUUAUGCCUCUUCAUGUCAUCUAUAGCACUGCACCUUAUGCAACUGAAUUAGAAGCAGCCCUGCAUUAAAAAAAGGAUAAUAUAAACCUGUCCCUAAACCAUUUGCCAUUAUAUAACUAUAUUUCUUUUUUUUCUAAUUUCUUUUUUCUUUGUUCUUAUUUUCAAGCGUUAAACUAGUAUCAACAUCAAUAUUAUCAAUUAAUAUUUUCUGUACACACAUGCAUUAACACAUACAUUAAUACACUUUUACUGUGUGCUUGUUUUACAUUUUAUUUAAUAAAUGAUUUAAACAGUG